AUGGCCUGUGCGUUAGGCUUUGCCCUUUACUUUGAAAUGAUGAAGUGGGCCGUGAUCGGUGCUGCCGGAGUGGUGUUUGCGGGUUUCUACCUCUUCGUCUGGUACCAGGCAGUGAAACCAUGCCGAUAG